CUCAUCUCAUCCAAGACGACAUUUUUAUACAAGCUCGAAACCAAACUUCAAAAAUCUCCAAAACGCCAUAAAUCUGCCCGUGGAAGGUGAGGGGUGGAUUGCACAUUAACUGUUGCCACUGCGGGGGGUAGGGUGGAAGUCGCUUUUUGAUUUGGAUUUGAGUUCUUUUUUUUUGCCGUUUUCAACUUGCAAAAUCCAAAAAGGAAAAAAGAAAAUUCCCAAUUUUUAAGUUCCAGAGGAGGGAAGGAAUAGGAUUAAGGAAGGAGGAGUCGGCUCGGGUGAGUGGAUUUUGAUUUGUUCCUGUUCAGGGAAGAAGCAGUGGAUUCUACAGACAAUUCACGUAGAUUUGUGGGUAAGCAGCAGCAGCUUUCGUAUCCAAGCAAAUGUCAGCUUGAACUGGAAGUCAGGUUGUUUUCUUCUACACUCCGAUCUGAUAUCAAGAAGAUGAUGAUAGUGUUGUAAUGUCCUUACAUUGAAAGGAAAGGGAGGACAUUAUGUUGUGGGUUUUCGAGAUCUGGUGUUGGAGGGUCUCAGAGUCUUCAAGGGGAGACGGAAUAUGUAUGAAUGAAACAGCGAUUUGAACACGAAGAAGAAGAAGAAGAAAGAAGAAGGGGAAACUACGGUUGCUGUUGCUACUACUAGGGUUUGGUCACCAUUUGCUCUGCAGCCCGACGGAUUCCGAUUCCGACUACAGGAUUUGUUCUCCAUGACGACCACUAAACGUGCUUAUAAGCUACAGGAAUUUGUGGCUCAUUCAUCGAGUGUCAAUUGCCUGAAGAUUGGAAGGAAGUCAUCAAGGGUUCUCGUUACCGGAGGAGAAGAUCAUUUGGUGAAUCUUUGGGCCAUUGGCAAACCCAACGCCAUACUGACUUUAUCUGGUCAUUCAAGUGGAAUUGACUCAGUUAGCUUCGACUCUUCUGAAGUGUUGGUAGCAGCAGGUGCAGCAAGUGGUACCAUAAAGCUUUGGGAUUUAGAGGAGGCAAAGAUUGUUCGCACACUAACUGGUCACCGCUCCAAUUGCAUAUCCUUGGAUUUCCAUCCCUUUGGGGAGUUCUUUGCCUCUGGUUCUUUGGAUACAAACCUAAAGAUAUGGGAUAUUAGGCGAAAAGGGUGUAUUCACACAUACAAGGGUCACACUCGAGGGGUCAAUGCAAUUAGAUUUACCCCGGAUGGCCGUUGGGUUGUAUCUGGUGGAGAGGACAACAGUGUAAAGCUUUGGGAUCUGACUGCUGGGAAGUUGUUGCAUGAUUUCAAGUGUCAUGAAGGCCAGAUUCAGUGCAUAGAUUUUCAUCCACAUGAGUUUCUGCUGGCUACAGGUUCAGCUGAUAGAACUGUCAAAUUCUGGGACCUUGAAACUUUUGAGCUCAUAGGGUCAUCUGGACCUGAGACAGCAGGUGUACGCUGUAUGACCUUUAAUCCUGAUGGGAGAACCCUUCUUUGUGGUUUGCAUGAAAGUCUGAAGGUAUACUCUUGGGAACCAAUAAGAUGUCAUGAUACUGUGGAUGUGGGAUGGUCUCGAUUGUCAGAUCUUAACAUUCACGAGGGAAAGCUUCUCGGUUGCUCAUAUAAUCAAAGUUGUGUUGGAGUAUGGGUUGUAGACAUAUCGCGUGUGGAACCCUAUGCAAUUGGUAAUACAACUCGAUUAAAUGGUCAUCAAGAACUGAAAUCUAAUUCAAGUGGGAAUAUGCCAAUAUUGACUGAAAACAAUACAAAGGUUAGUUUGGGGAGAUUAUCCAUAUCACAAAAUUCUGAUGCCGUAGCCAAAGAAACAAAAUCUCUGGGAAGACUUUCCGUCUUGCAAAACUCAGAUCCUGUCACCAAGGAGUCGAAAUCUUUCACAUCCACAGGAAAUAUACCUGGCACUCCUCAAAGGGUCAUUUCAAAUACUGGUCCAAAAACAACUUCCAUUAAUUCUGUCUCAGUUCCUGGUGCAACGGCUCUGAAGAGGAACUCAACAAAGGUUCAUUCAACAUCCAAUACUUCUUUCUUCAACAGAUCUGAUGUGAUACCUGUAGUUGUCCCCCGAAAUAAUGGGAGGCUGGAGCAGGCUGCUGAAUCCAGAAAAGAAGGUGUUAGUGAAAGAACAAUGCCAUUGUCUUUGCAGUCUAAAACAUCAGACUUCCCUAAGUUUCUAAAUGUUAGAAAUGAUGUGGAGACUCCAGUUGCCACUCUUCAUUCUGAAGGUGAUGGUUUUAAGGCUUCUGAGUCAGAUGUAGUGGCAGAUAGGAAUGUCAUUCCCGUUGUAAUUCCUGAAGCUGACACAAAUUUAAAGGAGGACAGAUAUAUUGUCUCAGGAAGACACAGAAGGAAUCUAUUGCCAGAGCCACUUGCCAGUUACCAGCAUGAUAGUUAUGAAACUCGUGUGCAUAAAGGAAAUAGAGAUGUAUGCUCUACGGAAGGACAAAAAGGAGGAAAGACACGCUCACUUGUAGCUAACUGGGAGAAGAGGGACAGAUAUCAUGAGGCACCUGUUUCCAGCAAUUUACCUGGGACAGUGCCGGUUGUUAGCACACUCCAGUCUAAUGUGCCUUCAGAGGGACUGGUUGGGACUCUUCCACAGAACGGGGUGGACAGCCUGGAGAGAGGGCAUCUCUCUCCUGAAAAAGAAAAAGUGCCUGCUAGUGAAGAUGAUGUAAUUGCGGAUAUAGUGGAACAACAUGGUCACUUUGUUGGCUCAAUGCAGUCUCGUCUAGCCAAAUUACAGAUGGUCCACAAAUACUGGGAAAGGCUUGAUGUUAGAGGGGCCAUUGGUGCUAUGGAGAAGAUGGCUGAUCAUGCUGUCCUUGCAGAUGUGGUAAGCUUUUUGAUGGAAAAACCUGAUGUUAUCACAUUGGAUAUUUGCUCCUCUCUCCUGCCACUCCUCACAGGCCUUCUUGAUAGCAACAUGGAUAGGCAUCAAGGUCUUUCCCUGGAGAUGCUUCUCAAGCUUGUCAGAGUAUUUGGUCCAGUUAUCUAUUCAGCCAUGUCAGCAUCGUCUUCUGUCGGGGUGGAUAUUGAGGCAGAGCAAAGGCUCGAGCGGUGUAAUCUAUGUUUUAUCGAGCUUGAAAAGGUUAAACACUCGCUUCCUGUUCUUACCAGAAGAGGAGGGUCCAUUGCAAAGUGUGCUCAGGAGCUGCAUCUUGCACUUCAAGAAGUUUCAUGAGCUUUUUAGGGCGAAAAGUAACAUGCGGGAAGAAUUCUCGGCCAUAGAGGAACUGAUGUUUAUGUUGCUUUGUGAUAGUAGCCAUUCAAGAACUCUGAUUCCUUGAGAUUGGGAGCUGCAUUAUUGUUCUCUUGGUUGGCCUUGCCUCGGCUUCUGAUCUCCUUCAUGUGCGUUUUAAACUGAAACAUUGAGGCGAGGAAUGGACAGCCCCCUCUGCAACUGUCUGUUGCUGCACGGUUUUGGCAACGGUCGAAUGCCUGGUCGUUACCACCAUGAAUGAUAAUACUUGAUUGAUGAUACCUUCCUUUUCAUCAUUUUCUGACCUGAAUCUGAUCAAUACGUGGCCCAUAAAGUUGUUGUACUGUGACUUGUGAGCUUGUGUAUCUACUUUGAUCAUUCUAUAUUAAUACAAAAUGGGUCUUCACCUA